ACAAAAGCUUCCUCACAGCUCUCCUUGAAGUGCCUCCUCUCUGGGAGUUUGGAGGGGGGAGGCCUCGGUCUGCGGUGCUCUCCGGCGGGCCGAGCGGUGAGGAGACCCGGGGUGCUGCGCAGGUGUUUCCGGUAGUGUCUCCUCUCGCUGCGGUCCCAGGCCUGCUGGGGGGUCCCCUCCACCCGACACCAGGUCUCCCUCCGCCGGUUCAGCUCCUCCAGAGCCCGCUCCUCGGCUGCAGACAUGUUUUUAUUUAUUUCUCCUCUUAGUCAAUGAACUAUCCAAAGUGAAGUCGGUGUGUGAUGCUGCUAUUGGCAUGGCAACGGGACACCUGAAGGCGGGUCAAAGAUAUGUUAUGUUUGGGAAGAGGAGUUACUCCGACGAGAAUUGAAUACAUAUUUGGAAUAUCUUUCAAAAAGUUAUUCGACACCAUAUGAACAGACGGUAAUCUUCUAAAGUUACUUGUAAAGUUAUUUAUUCUUCGCUAAUUCUGCUUGUACGAUGUUCAAUUUGAGAUAAUAGGAGAAUCCAAAAUAUUGGUUAUAAAGUUUACCUCCCUUUAUACUUACAAAUGAAAAAACACAAUACUCUUCUUACCCCUGUAAUGCCAAACCAUCAAAUAGUGAGCAGAAAACAUUGUUAUUUUUUAAAAUGUAAGCUUUUGACACCAUGUGAGAUAAAAUAUAGGAUAAAAUAUAACAUAUUUCAUCAUAAAAUGCUAUUAAAUUGAAGGAUUUACAGAUAAUUACCGUAAAUACCUGCUGUAUGAAGUUUGCAAAACACAUGUUGAGCACAACUAAAACAUAUCAACCAAAUAAUAAUGUGUGUUAAUUAAUUCAAUUGACUCUCUUCAAGGCUGCACAUUUCACUGGUUGAAAAUAUGCCUAUAUAAGUGAAAUGCUUGAAUAGAAGGGAAUUAGCUUCAAAACUGCAAAAUAUUAUUUCCUCUUGGUUCAUGAAAACAGAGACAGAGUGAGAGCUCACUUCUGUCCACAACACCACUGGGGUUAUUUGAUCCUCCUGAGAUAGACCUACAAACAACAGGAGCCUUUCAAUGGAAAGGCGAGUACUUGUUGUAGCCUCAGUAGAACAGGCUGUACAAAAGUACUGGGAUUUUAGCCUUUGCAGACCAUUUACGUGCACUGAAAACUACACAGCACACUACAGGAAAGAGAAACCCGCAGAAAGCAUAACAGGGCCUCUUUAAAGUGGUGUUUAUUUGGUUGAACAGAAGUCUCAUGAGCUUAUCGUUCUACAAUAAUCCAGAAGCCAAGACAGAAAUCCCAUAGCUUUUGGUCAAGAGAACCAACUUCCCACACAACACGUCGUACCGGCAGCUCUGGAGUGAGUUUCCUGGGAUCAGACCUGCAGUGCGGUCCCACUGGGUCAAAGGAGGAUCAGGAUUAGAGCAGAUAAAGGCCUGAGCACAUGGACAGGCUCAUGGACUAGUAGAGGACCUACAGCAGGAACGUUACAGACGUGACUGGGACUCAUUUACCAACGUUGUAUUUACAUUAUCAAUGAAAUCACCCACGAGUAAAACUUCACAGAGUAUAUUGUUGAUCCAAAACAUAUAUCUUUAAUAUAAAGAAUAAAGAACUUUAAGAAUAAAGAAACUUUAAGUGCAUUUAGCUGAUAUAUUUCUCUACUUUCUCCCCCACCACCCCUGCCUGAAACACCUCGAUUUGUCACCUUUGUUUACUUCCUGAACAUAGUGACAUCACUAUGGAACACUCAAACUUCUAUUGGCUUCUACUCGCACUCCUAUUGGCUAUAGCGCUCCAACACAUUGUACUUUAUAGGCUAAGGGGGCCGGACAUCUCUUAAGCAGGUUGACCAAUCACAACAGAGACGGCCAGCUAACCAAUCAGAGCAGACUGGGCUCUGGUUUCAGACAGAGGGGGAAAAGAGGAGCUGCAGCACAGGCAGUAUGAGAAACAUAAAGAGCUUUCUGAACAUUAGAGCAUGGAGACAUGUCCCAGGAGAGACUCUACAUACAUUUAGCUGGAAUGAGUUUUAUUACCCACUGAACUAAAGGAUCUGAGUAGUUAUUCCACCUCAACCAUUCAUGUGGUUACAGCAGGCAGUAGUAGUAAGAUACUGAAGCUGCUCUACUAUUGGCUCAUCCGCAUCGGAAGGCAUGUGUCAGCUUCGGCGGAACAAAGGAUAUAUAGAGAGAGAGCGAGAGAGAGAGAGAAAGAGCGUCACACACACGCUCAUACAAGCAGAGAGGCAGCAUGCUGGAGAACAGGAAUCAGGGAUAGAAUAACCGGAUGAUUUGUGUUGGGAGUGCGCAGGUUGUGUUUAAAAUGUCUGUAGUGUGACUGGCUCUUAACGGAUGGUAACCGAAUGAGGAAACCAGAGCGCUUCCUGCCUCUUCUUACUGUCGCAUCUCGCUGGAAAUUGAGAGAAAACUUCAAUCAUGGUGGCUGGAGAGCUCGUACAGGAGCUUCAUCCCGGUGCACCUGACGACAUCGCGGUGAUGAAGUGCCCGGAUCCGGAGGGAGACACGAAGCGAUGCGCGGAGCCGACAUACGCAGCUGCGGCGGCGACACCGGGCGGGGCUGCAGACACGGACCCGGCGCUGGAGCAGGAGAAGGAGGUGCCGCCGGAUGAGAGAGAGGCGAUGCUGCCUAACGGAGGAGAGAAGGAGGAGAAGAAGCACGGCGCGCGGCCGGAGACGAAGCUGUACCGGCUCCGGUUCGCCGUGCUCGCGGUGUUCAGCCUGUACUCCCUGGUGAACGCCUUCCAGUGGAUCCAGUACAGCAUCAUCACCAACGUGUUCAUGCACUACUACGGGGUCACCAGCGACAAGGUGGACUGGCUCUCCAUCGUCUACAUGGUGGCCUACGUGCCGCUCAUCUUCCCCGCCACCUGGCUUCUGGACCGGAAGGGUUUGCGGCUCACGGCCCUGCUCGGUGCCGGGCUCAACUGCGCAGGCGCGUGGAUGAAGUGCGCCAGCGUGAGCCCGGAGCGGUUCGGAGUGACCGUGACCGCGCAGGUCGUGUGCUCCGUGGCGCAGGUGUUCAUCCUGGGCCUGCCGUCCAGGGUCGCCUCGGUGUGGUUCGGACCGCAGGAGGUGUCCACCGCGUGUGCCGUGGCCGUGCUGGGAAACCAGUUGGGAACAGCGAUCGGCUUCCUGCUGCCUCCGGUUUUAAUCCCCAACACCCCCGACAACGUCGAGCUGACGGGACACAACAUCAGCAUCAUGUUCUAUGGCACCGCUGCCGUCUCCACCGCCCUCUUCUUCCUCACCGUUCUAGUGAUAAAGGACCGGCCUCUCCUGCCACCCAGUCACGCUCAGGCGGUUCUCCCAGACACUCCAGGGGAAGAUUACUCCUACAAGCAGUCCAUCGUCAAUCUGAUGAAGAAUAAAGCGUUCGUCCUGCUGCUCGUCAGCUACGGUAUAAUGACUGGCUCCUUCUACUCUGUCUCAACACUUCUCAACCAGAUGAUCAUGGCCUGCUACGAGGGCCAGGAGUUGAAUGCUGGGAGGAUUGGUUUGACUCUGGUUGUUGCUGGGAUGGUCGGCUCCAUCCUCUGCGGGCUUUGGCUGGACCACACCAAGACUUACAAGAUGACGACUCUGAUCGUGUACUUCUUGUCGUUUCUGGGCAUGAUCGUGUUCACCUUCACUCUGAACCUCAACAACAUCCUCCUGGUCUUCUUCACCGCUGGAGCUCUGGGGUUCUUCAUGACGGGCUACCUGCCGCUGGGCUUUGAGUUCGGGGUGGAGAUCACCUACCCGGAGUCCGAGGGAACGUCUUCGGGACUCCUCAACGCUUUCGCUCAGAUAUUUGGGAUCGUCUUCACUCUGAUUCAGGGCAAACUGACCACAGUCCACGGCCCUCUGAUCGGGAAUCUCUUCCUCUGUGCCUGGAUCUUCCUGGGAAUACUGCUCACUGCCCUAAUUAAGUCAGAACUGAAAAGACACAAUGUCAACAUGGGAGCAGAAAAAGAACGCCUGCAGGCACUUCUUACAGACUGUCCCGAGGACCGCCCUCCAGGAGAGAAAACCAACGGAUUGAAACUGCAAACCUCGGUCAGCCUUUCCCGUGAAACCUCGCUGUGAUGAAGUCACUGGACCGCGGGAGGAAGGAGUCCCUGCUGCUCCGGCACACCUGCUGGUGCCACAAACAUGUGAAGGUGAACCUUACUGACGCUCAUUGAUGAUUAGAAACUCUGGACGUGGUGACCGACCAGACACUGAAGGCUGCUCACAGAGGAUCUGACUGUGUGAGGCAUGAUGCUGCUGUCUGUGAAUCUGCCUUUUAAAGGAGAACUCACUCACAGAAAACACUCCAGGCUUUUUGUUGGGAGGCAGUGAAGCCCAUGGAGCCCAUGUGUUUGGUGUUGCACUCGGCCCCCCCGCACAGAGCCUACAUCUCCUGAGUUUACUUGAAUCAUCCUCUGACUGUAUAUGUUGUUAAUAUUUGGACUUUUCUUUACGUGCGACAGUUCUAAAGCUGCUUGGGAUAGAUGCAGUCAACAUAAAGCGCGUUUUCUCCCUGCAGAGCUGCAUGCAUAUUCAAGACUAGAAGCAGCUGCAGAAAAUUGUGCCUGUUUUCUUUCAGUCUGCAGAAUAAUAUGCAGACUUUGUCAGAAAUUGACAUUUUAGUCCGCGGAGGUUGGGAAGAAUGACCCAAAUCCUCCCUUAUUUGCAGCUUUCCCAUACAAGUGAAAAUGGUAAUUUUUCAGUUUUCAGUCCUGAUCGUUUAGGCGAAAUGCAAAUGUGGUUAAAUACUGCACAUCCCAGAAUAUCAGCAGCUGCUAUUAAUAACAAAACAAACUAUUUUGUGACACAAGCCAGUCACUGUGGCUGCUCCUGACUCCCAUUACCCCCUUAGAUAUAUGGAAAGCUCUUCAAAUGCCGAUAUUUGAGGACACAUUUGGAAUAAAACACAAAAAAGGCAUUUCCUGUGACUGCAUAAUAAGUAAUGUAAUGUUGGUCAGUGAAAUACUUCAAUGUGAAGCUGCAGCAGAAGGAAAGGCUAAUAAAUAUCAUUAUCUCCGGGGUCAUUACCACACACAGUGAACCAUAGGCUCGACCAGCACCGUGUUACCCCCUGUGGCGAUAGAGGACAUGAAUCUAAUUGAAAAGCUAAAUUCUUUCCUUGUGACCGACUAAUGGUACAAUUCAACGAGUAACAUUUUUAUAAUAAUUGAAUUUGUCUCGUAGAUUUCACGACUGCAUCCCUGAGCUUUUCCCGCCUCCUCCUAUAACGCAGCGUUCACACGGUUCCGUUGCGUUGACGCUUGCCGUGUCUGGUGCUUGGCGACCAACCACCAAUCACAUUAAUCUCCCGCCCCGGACACUCAUACACGUGGUUUGAUUGGCUAGCGCUUGUACUGGCAUAUUGCAUACGCGGGAUUUGAUUGGCUGGCGCUUUGGUCGACACUUGAAAAGUUGAACUGGGAAGGUGUGUCAAGCGUCAACGCAACGGACCCGCGUGGACGAGCCGUAAGAGGCUGUGAUGGGGCCCCGACAUAUCUGACACCAAGAAGUGAAACACUAUGAUGAGACUGUUUUCAUACACAAACCAUAAGGGACCAAACAGUGAACAUGUUCAGUGCACAAUAAGAGACACACGCACAACUUUAGGUUUUAUACUCAACGAUUCCGAUUUGAAUGUCUCUGUACACACACGCAGCUCACAGAUCGGAGGACAGCGCCAUCUGGUGGUGUGUUACAGUGUAAUAUAACAGAGCGGGCAGAGAGGGAAGGAGAAGCACAACAAGAUACUCAUUUAUUUUUCAGAAGUCUCUUCGUUUUGCAUAAAAUAGAAUCUUUUUUUUACUUGGUGAGAAUAAAGGUUGCCAACACGUUUCUAAAUCGAUGUAAAAUGUGUAUUUAGUCGUCUUGCUUCAACUUUGGUGUCAAAAAUCUUACAUCCUGUUUCCACUGCAUGUGUUGUGCAUGGACAGCCUUCUGACAGACGGAUUACUAUCAGAAAUAUGAAUGGUAAACCAGCAGUAGACCUCCAGGGAGCAAGGAAGUCAGUGUAGCUUUAGACUCCAAGGUUUAGAGCAAAGAAACGUGGGUCAUUUUCUGUUAAAGGGGAGUUUCAACUGAUUUUAUUUAACCAGGAAUGUGUCAUUGAGGUUACAAAUCCCUUGAGUCCUGGCCAAGAUAGUCAGCAGCACAGCUACAGACACACAUUAAAAACAACAUGUAUGUUUAACUCUCUAAAAACUUUCAAAAGAAACCACUUCAACCCAACAGGCUGAACGUCCGCUAUCCUUUGCUGAAGUCUUCAAAACAGCAUCAAACAGCUUCACGUGUUGCCAUCUGCAAGAUCAUCCUGGUUCAGCAGCGUUAUGCUAGUGGUAACCUAGGCAUAGCAUGACAAAUGCACACUCUUCCCAAUCCCAAGAGAUCAGGGACAAAGAAAACUUUAGUAGUUUAAAUGAAUGCUAAUGAGGUGAGACAACGUCACAAAAACGUCCGAACAAAAGGACCAUAAACUAACUCCUGGCUACAACAGGACUCAAACAGAAAAGGGUUCCUCACUCCUGCUUUAAACUCAAAAGCAUGUUCACCAACACUGAAUAUUUACCAAGGUACAAAAGGUUUCUACUUACGACAUUAACACACUUCGCCACACAGGCCUACAGAUCUAGGUCUGAAAACACACACAGACUACGCUGCCUCUGUUAGGAGCAGCUGGAAGAGAGGUGGACCAAUCAGGAGUUAGGAGGCGGCUACUGCCACCUGCUCACUCACACACACACACACACACACACACACACACACACACACACACAGGAGGAGAGAAAUAACAUAGCGACUACCACAACACGCAUGACCCGAUGACACAGGAUCAUGACACUACUUGCGGUCCAGAAUACUAAAUAUUACUCAUCAAAGAAACUAUUCAUGGUGAUGACGUGUUUCAGGAAACGAUCAUAACAUUUUUCCAGCUCCCAGAAUAGAAAACCUUCAGAGACAUCUAACUUAUUCCAUCUGAACACACCCUCUACUUUCCCUGGUGUCUUUAACAUGGUAACUGCACCUGUUUAUUUCCUCUCUGGUUUCAAACGUUUAUUUUGUCAAUUCUUUCUAAUGUAAAAUAUAUUACUUUGUCUAGUUUUUACAAAUGAUACUGUUAGAGCACUUUAGUCUUGACAUGCUGUCAUUACAAAUAUUUGUCUACUACUAGUUUUUUGAAUUCGUUUUUUACUUGUUGUAAUGUGUCUUCAGUCAGGUUCGGUCCACCAACUGAUAUGUUGUUUACGUGAUGUUUUCAACACUUCUUCAUUAUUACCAAAACUGUGUAACUGUGAUACUGGGAAUGAUGCUGCGGCAAUUCAGGUAUCAAACCAGAGAAACGCCUCCAUUGGACUCUGUUGUUUACUUCUGUAACAAUGAUGGACUAAGGGGGCGGGACAUCACUUAGCGAUUGACCAAUCGCAACAGAGCCGGCCAGCUAACCAAUCAGAGCAGACUGGGCUCUGGUUUCAGACAGAGGGUGAAAAGUGUUGCUGCAGCACAGGCAGUAUGAGAGAAAUAAAGAGCUUUCUGAACAUUAAACCAUGGAGACAUGUCCAUGCUUUAAUGUUCCAUGUAAUGUACGUUUGUUGAGAAGUAUUUUUAGCAUUGGAUCCGUGUUUGAUUGGAUUUGAAUGUAUCUUCACUUCUGAUAGGUUGACAAUGAUAAAAUGAACCUUUCCAGCCUCAUCUUUAAAUCUUGUUUGCACAUUGACCCCAAACUGCAUUGGAGACAUUUCCAGUGGUGCAGAUUGGUGCAAAAAACAUGUUUAAAUUGUUUCAUUUAUCUGUGAAUCUGCUGUGGGAUGUCACCUCAUUCACUACCACAUUGAACUGGAAUCAAGUUGUAUACAGAUGACAUUAAUCUAUACAUUUCCAAUCAAAAUAAGCUGAUCACAACAAUAAAAGCAUUGUACUUUGUCUUUAAA